AUGGCAGAGGAGGCGGAGAAGUACGAUCUGGACACGUCGGCGCUCGACGCUCUCGACAAGUUCCGUGCCGAGAAGGCGGCCGAGGAAGCGCAGCUGCUCAAGUUCACCCAGUUCGCAUCCCGCAAGUCGCAACAGCGCUCGUCCAAGAAGUCCAAAGCCAGAGAUGCCGCCAAGCCGCUGACAAAGGAGGAGGAGGAGGCCGAGGAAGCAAAAGCAGAGGCAGCGCUGCUCGCAGAGAUUGAAGCCAUCGCUGACCUCGAGCGUCUCAAUGGCGUCGCACCGGAUUCCGCCGACUCGAUGCUCGCCAACCUCGCCUCGCGUCUCGAGACCGGCAGCAACUCGGGAGACGAGACGGCAACAGGCGCAGACAGCAAUGACGACACAAGUACACUCGACGUAGACACAUUCCGCAAGACCUUCGGCGAGAGCUGGCAGCUGUCGCAGUUCUGGUAUUCGGCCAAAUUCGUCCACGAGCUCUCCGAGCUCAUCUUCAAGCUCGUCUCUUCAUCGUCUGUUCCUUCCUCGUCCGAUCAUGCUGCCAUCAAGUCGGCAUUUGGAGAUGCUCGUGUUGGCUUCCUCUGCUGCCCAACAGCAUGGGUGGGUUUCGUGCACGAGUACCCUGCGCUCAAGCAACAGGCCUUUGUAUUUGAAGUCGACAAGCGCUUCCACGCACUUAGUAGGACCUCAUUCGUUUACUACAACCUCCACGAGCCCGAGACAAUCCCCGCAGAGCUGCUGGGAACGUUUGACGUGCUUGUGGCGGACCCGCCUUUCCUCAACGUCGACACGCAGACCAAGGUGGCCACCACCGCCAAACUGCUCGCCAAGCCCGAUGCCAAGAUCCUCCUCUGCACGGGCGAGAGCAUCGCCGACGAAGCCACCAAGCUCUACGGCGAGCCACAUCUGCAGAAGCUCGACCUCGUCGUGGAACAUCACGGCCUCGCAAACGCCUUUGGCAUCUGGGGUAGGACAUGA